CCAUUACAAAACAGCACCCCACGUGAAGCGCGGCCAGUGCCGCAGCGGCGCAGUUGCUAGGCGUGAUAGCCAGAGAGAACAGUCAUGUGUGACGCGCUUCUGGGAGCUCCGUCCGAAGCAACGAUGCUUUAGUCAAUCAGGCAGAACAGACAAGCCGCAGUUAGGAAGAGGAAACCAUACAAAAGCAAAGCGAAGUAAGCAGUGGCUGCAGCUACCGGGAGUUAAAGGACGCUAAGAAUCCGAGAUGGGCGAGCCUCUACGGGUCCCAGCCGAAACAUCGUGCGCGCCAGGAGCUGUGUUUCAGGUUGCUUGUCCAGCUUCCCAUAUUCAAGCUCUGUGUCAAGUUUUUAACGUAUCACUGCUUAAAGAAACAAUUGUCGCAAAGGAUGUAAACAUUUCAAGUCAGAGCACCCUGGAAAAAAUGUUGCUAGUAAGUGAAAGGUACAGUAUUUACAUCGGCUUGGCUCUGGCUGUAAGCUCCAGUUUAUUUAUUGGCUAUAGUUUCAUACUGAAGAAGAAAGGCUUACUGCAGUUGUCAAAAAAAGGAUCCACCAGAGCUGGGCAGGGAGGACACGCUUACCUGAAGGAAUGGAUAUGGUGGGCUGGCCUAGUUUCAAUGGCAGCAGGGGAAGCAGCAAACUUUGCAGCCUAUACAUUUGCUCCAGCAACACUAGUAACUCCUUUGGGCGCUCUGAGUGUUCUAAUCAGUGCUGUGCUGUCAUCCUACUGUCUGAACGAGCAUCUGAACAUUCAUGGAAAACUUGGCUGCAUGCUUAGCAUACUAGGAUCUACUAUAAUGGUGAUACAUGCCCCCCAUGAAGAAGAAGUGAAAACACUGCAUGAGAUGGGAAUAAAACUGAAGGACACAGGUUUUAUAGUAUUUGCUGUUUCUGUAAUCACAAUAUCACUACUGCUCAUCUUCAUUGCUGCACCACGGAAAGGGCAAACCAACGUCCUUGUUUUUAUUUCCAUAUGCUCUUUGAUAGGAGCAUUCUCUGUAUCUUCAGUAAAGGGCCUGGGCCUUGUCAUCAAAGAUCUUCUUGAAAACAAGCCAGUUUACAAAGACCCACUGACCUAUAUCCUUCUGCUUAUUUUAAUCAUUUCUGUUAGUAUCCAGAUAAACUACCUCAACAAAGCAUUAGACACAUUUAACACCUCUAUAGUGACCCCUUUGUAUUAUGUAUUUUUUACCACUGUUGUGGUCACUUGCUCAGUCAUUCUCUUCAAGGAAUGGAACGACAUGAAGGUGGAUGACAUUAUUGGAAGUCUCAGUGGAUUCUGCACUAUCAUCAUUGGCAUUUUUCUUUUACAUGCAUUUAAAGACUUGAAUUUAACUUGGGACCAGUUGCUCAAUUUAACAAAGAAAAGUAGCUAUCAGUCUGCAAAGAAUGGAUCUGAUGACCAGAACACUCUAUUAGAGGACAUUGAAAAUCAGUGAAGAAUAAAGAAUGGAAUUGAAUCUUUAAAGAAAAAGUAUUUUCCUACUAUUUAUAGAAAUGAUGGAGAGACAAAACAAUGUGUGUAAAAGAGCUGUAUCAUUUUAAUAAACGACUGAACUACUUUUUAACA